AUGUCUACCGGCACCGUAUCCCGCCCUCUCGCAGUUCCUCAUCUGACCCUCCCCAACGCCGACGACCAUUUCUCCGCCUACGCCCCCACAUCUGCCUAUAAACAGAAGAUACAGGCUUACCGUGAAUCUAUCGACGAAGAAUUGCGCGGUUAUGACGCGCGUAUCGGUCAGGAAUUCGAGGAAAGGGUGGAAGUUUGGGAAAAGAUCACCAGCCAUCCAGAAAAGAAGGAGAGGAUAAGGCUCCGCGCGGAGGCGCAGCUUGCUUCGGAGAGGGAGGAGCUCGUGAAGGGUUUGGAAAGCGACUUUCAACACUAUUCAAAAGUGUGGUUGCUGGAAGAUAUGGCGUUGACAUCAGCAAUGAAUCAGAAGUGA